AUCCAGAGAUCCCGCCUCCGACGGUAGCAAGUUUCUGCUGUAUCACCCGCUGAACUGGACGCUCCGGACACUUUCCCACAUCAUACUCCAGAAACCCCUCUCCCCACCAUGGCUACCCCCCCGUCUGUUGGGGAUAAACAGCUGCAGAGGAUAAUCAGAGACCUGCACGACGCCGUGUUGGAGUUGAGUAGAGAACACAAAGAGUGCGCCGAACCCAUAACCGACGACAGCGCCAACCUGCACAAGUUCUUCUACAAACUGGAGUACCUGCUGCAGUUUGACCAGAAGGAGAAGACAACCUUCCUUGGCCAGAGGAAAGACUACUGGGAUUACUUCUGCGACUGCCUGAUUAAGAUCAAGGGAGCUAACGAUGGCAUCCGUUUUGUUAAAUCCAUUCCCGAGCUGAAGACGUCUCUGGGGAAAGGACGGGCCUUCAUCCGCUACUCCCUGGUUCACCAGCGUCUGGCCGACACGCUGCAGCAGUGCCUCAUAAACCAGAAGGUCACCAGUGACUGGUACUACGCCCGGAGUCCGUUCCUCAAGUCUCACCUCACCGCUGACAUAAUCAACCACCUCUAUGAGCUCAACCAGCUCCAGUUCGACGUGGCGGCGAGAGGUUACGACCUCGACGCGGAUUGGCCAACGUUUGCGAGGCGAACAAUAGGACCCGGCUCGUCGGCGUACCUGUGGAAGCCUCCCAGUCGCUGCUCCAGCAUCAACAGCCUGGUCAGCAGCUACUCACACUCACAGGCGCAGGAGUUUCUCCCAAUCCCAGACUUGAGUCACAGCCUCCUCGGCGAGCUGGGAGAACUGGGGGAGCCUCCUGGCAGCAGCGUUGCAGAUAACCUCCGCGUGGAGCUCGACCAGUCGGAGCUCAGACAGCAGGAGCUCUUAGCGAGGGUUCAGGAGUUGAGCAAAGAGGCCGCCGAGCUCAAAGGUGUCGUCAAAGACCUCCGAGGCCAGUUAUCAGCUCAGAAGUCUCCAGCCUCCCACAGCAACGGAGAAACGGCCGAUGAGGAGAGAACAAGUCAAACCUGCAGGGAGUCGAUAAGCAGCCAAGUGCAGGACAGGCUCGCAGCUGCCGAGAACAAAAACAUGGAGCUUCUCUCUAAGUUAGACGAAGCUCUCACAGAGAAGGGACAACAAACGGCGAGCUACUGCGACUCAGCCUGGAAAAUCCAGGAGCUCCUGGAUAAACUUAAGACUGCAGAGGAGGAGAGGCUGGAGGCCAAGAGGGAGGCCGAGGACAGAGCCAGGCACGCCGAGCGUCUGUCGCAGGAGCUGAAGCUCAGGGAGGAAGAGCUGAGGAGCAGCGAGGAGAAGCUGGCCGAGGUCAAAGCCGGAGCCCACGAUGAGCGGGAGGAGGCCAUCACGCGGCUGGAGGAGCUCCAGAGCGCAGUCGGCCGGAUUCAGGGGGCGCUGACGUUAAAAGAGAAGGAGACGGGGAACCUGAGAGCGCAGCUUCAGGACCUGCAGGCCUCGCUGGAGUGCAGGGAGCGGCAGGCGGAGGAGCUGAGGAAGAGACUGCAGGAGGAGAGGGAGGAGGUGGAGCAGAGGUGUAGCAUGAGCAGUAGCCACAGUGAGGAGCUCGACAGCCUGAUCUUGGAUUUAAGAAAAACUCUUAAGAGCAGAGAUAAAGAGCUAGCUGCCAGCUCAGAACGAGUCAAACACUUGGAGGAGCAGCUGGAGAAGCUAAAUGUUGAGGAAGAACGUCUGAGCUCUCAGCCCAAUGAGGAUGAAGUGUCCUCCUGCGGUGAAACGGGGAGCAUUGAAGACUACAAAACCCAGUGCAGCCACCUGAUGGACAUAAACACGAAGCUGUUAGAAACCGCUAGAAGGAGCGAGGCGAGCGUCACAGAGAUGACCGAGAGCAGGGUGGCCUUGUUAGACCAGCUGGCCGCUUUGAGGGCCUCUGAGAAACACCUGAAAGGUCGAGUAGAGGCUGCAAAGAUGAGUGUGGAUGACCGAGAGAAGAAGCUUCUAGAUGAAAACCUGCACCUGGAGGAGCUUGUCCAGAAGGCGGUUGUCCAGAUGGAACAAUCAGAUGCACAGUUAAAGAAGUCAGAGCGGGAAAAUCGGGAACUUCUAGAUGUUCAGUCUUCAUUGAAAAAGCAGUUGGCCGCAGCACAGCAGGAGCUGGACCUGCUCACUGCCAAAGCUGACAAGUUGGACAAGAACCUCACCGCGUCCCAAAGAAGCCAAGCAGAGCUACUUGAAAAGAUGCAGGAAACUGAAGCCAAGCUCAGAGAGCAGACUGUGACAUGUGGUCUUCUGCAGGCUCGAGCCGAGGAGCUGGAGAGCCGGGCCGGAGAGCAGCACGACGAGAAAGGAGCCGCCGAGAGCAACGAGAAGAUGCAGAAGCUUCACGACGACCAUCAGAGCUCCUCAGUGGAAACCAAAGAGGCCCCGUUCAGGCUGGUUAUAGCCGAGGCUCAGCUGGAGCUCAACCUGAGGGAGGUGAGCAGGCUGCGGGAGGAGGUGGUGGAGCUCCGGGCUCAGCUCCUGGCAGGGACGGAGGAGAGGGUGAAGGUUCAGGCUCUGCAGGAGGUGACGGAGGCCUCCAGGGAGGACCUCCGUGUUUUAGCAGAGCAGCUGAAGGCCCAGGUGGAGGAGCUAAACCGCCGGCACGUGGACGAGAUUCUUCGAUCUCGGGAGCGUGAGGAGGCGCUGGUCCGCGAGCGCGACGGAGAGGCGCAGGCUCGGGCGGGUCUGGCUGUGGAGGUGACGGCCUCCAGAGAGGAGCUGGACAAGCUGAAGAUGCGCUACGAGGCCCUGUGUCUGGAGAACAGCGAGUCCAGGGAGGCCCUUCACAGAGCCAACACGGAGACCGCAGAGCUCGGCGUGCACGUGUGCAUGCUGACCGCCGAGAACGAGGAGGCUCGCCUGCGCUGGGAGAGCCUGUCGACGAGGCUGCAGGAGCUGGAGGAGGAGGCCACUCAGGAGGCCGAGAGGCUCAACACCUGCAUGGAGCAGCUCCGUCAGGAGAACCAGGAGCUCCUCAGCCAGCUCCACAACGACGAGAGGCUGCUGGAGUCCGAGCAGAAGCUGCAGAAAGAGCUGAGCAAAGCCCAGCAGGAGGCCGAAGCCGUGCAAGAGGCGAGCCAGGAGGAGACGCAGGCGCUCCGACUGCAGCUCAGCAGCCAGGCGACGCAACACCAGGAGCAGCUCCAGAGCGUGAAUCAGGAGUUACAGGAAGUGAAACUGCAGCUGGCGACCGAGCAGGAGAAAGUGCUGGGCCUGGAGAGCAAACUGAGACAGCUGGAGGCUGGAAAUCAGAGAUAUUGCCAACAGAUUGAGGAGAAAAACAUCCAGAUGGCCGAGUCUGAAAAUCUCAUCCAGCAGAAAGAAGACGAGAUAAUCCAUCUGAGAGGGAAUUUAUCAAGGUGUGAGGAGGCGCUGGCCGCGGCUCAGCAGGCCUGUCAGGAGAUGGCCGACAACCUACGGAGGGUCACGCAGGACAAACAGAGCUUCGACCUCAAGACGGCCGCCGAGCUCGACGAUCUUUACCGCACCAAAAUCAACCUGGAGGAACGGCUGGUGGAGCUCAUCAGGGAGAAGGACGCCCUCUGGCAGAAGUCGGAUGCUUUGGAGUUUGAGCAGAAGCUGCGGGACGAGGAGACGGAGCGGGACGUCAACUACUGCCUGGGCUGCAACACGCAGUUCAGCUGGUGGUUCCGCAAGUACAGCUGCAGACUGUGUGGGCGUCCCUUCUGCUACUACUGCUGCAGCAACACAGUGAGCACCCAGCAGGGAGGCACCCGAGAGCGCUGCUGCAGGGACUGCUACCACCAGCACAGCGCGGUGGUGGAGCGCCACCCGCAGGAGGAGGCGGCUCACAGCAUGCCGGGGACGCCGUUCGGCCGCUUGCUGCAGGCCGGACGAGCCGUGGCUUCAGGAGCAGAUGAAGGCGACAAGCUGGACGACGGCGUGUUCGACAUCAUCACAGAGGAGGAGGUGAGCGGCGUCUACGACAGCGACUCCCUCUCCUUUGCCACCGCCGGCUCUCCCGGCCACGGACAGCAGGGGGCAGCACAGCUGAGCAACAGCGUCAGCGCCGGAGACCUCACAGCGGAGGAGACCGAGGACCUCGGUGCUGCGGUCCAGGAUGCAGAGAUCUGUCUGCUGAAGUCUGGAGAGCUCACGCUCUCUGCUCACUUCACGGUGGACGACAUCUCGGGCUUUGGCGACAGCUCCAGAGAGCUCUUCAUCAAGUCCAGCUGCUACAGCACCAUCCCCAUCACCAUGAGCAGUCCCGGCGCCACCGUCUCCUGGACCUUCACCUCUGAGCCAAAGAGCAUCUCCUUCAGCGUGGUCUACAGGGAGAGCGCAGAGAUCCCACUGGAGCAGGCCAAGGUUCUGAUCCCGCUGACCCGCUGCAACUCCCACAAGGAGACGAUUCAAGGGGAGCUGAAGGUCAGGAACCCCGGAGAAUACACGCUCAUCUUCGACAACUCGUUCUCCAGGUUCAUCUCUAAGAAAGUGCUGUAUCAUCUGAGUCUGGACAAGCCUGUGGUCUACGACGGGACCGACCUCCUCUGAGCGACGCAGCAGGUGUUCAACGGACUUUAUGAAACUGUUCAGGGUGUUUAAACUCGAGGUAAACGGCUCCUCUGGUGUUGAGCCACGUCUCUCCCGGCUUUCGUGAGUUGUUGAACAGCUGAUGGUGGUAAACGAAGGAAACCUGUUA